AUGAGCACCGACCCGACCCUGUCAGCUCCCGGCGCAUCGUCGACCGAGAAGCCUUUUGCAGGCCUAGGUACUGCCCAGCCCAACGGCGACGGCAUGUCUCACCGCCCCCUUCCGCACCUGUGCUCGCACACAAUCGUGCUACCCGAGACUUCUUCCACCGCCGAAGGCAAGCAGCCGCUGCUGGACGUGCCCUCGAGUGCAAAUGAUGCACAGACACCUUCUGGGACUGGCCUGAGUGGAGUCACUGCCGCCGACGCGGAGAGCAUUGGAAAAGGAUCGAAGCACUCUAAGCGCAGCUUCAUGGGCAAGCGAAGGGCAGCAAGCACUGCGAGCAGCAAGCGCUCUGGACAGCCAACCAACCACCCCGACAAGACCGCUCAGGCACCCUCGCUUCCAGCCAUGCCUGCCGCCAACCGCGAGGGCUCGACAAGAAGCAAGGCGAGAAAAACCGGUGGGCUGCUUUCAUGCCUACCAUGCUUCGCGCCCAAGGACGUACGGGAAGAGGGUACGCCUCUGGAGAAUGUCAAGCGCACCGAGAAGAUCCCGGAGGGCCGUACGUCGCAGUCGACUCCAGUAAGGAAACAGUAUCCGCUUGCUGCUGCCGAGUCGAGCACUGCGGAGUCGAAGGACCCGGUUGACGAGAAGGCGCCCGCUGCGACAUUCGGCAUGGGUGCCGUCGAGAAGCCCAGAUCUGGUGGUGAUGGUACUGCUGAGCCCGCCAGGCCUUCGCACGACAACCCACCCCAGAUCAUCACUAGGAGCUCGUCUAAGCGGCAGCAAGCUUCCGAGGCAGCACUCCCUCCGAUACCUGUCCAGCCUGGUCUAUUGCAGACCAACCAGCCCAUCAUCAACGUUCAGAACCCCACUCCUGGCACUACUCCUGUCGUUGGCAGACCUUCCGAGGAGCAACAAAGAAUCAUCGAGGAUCAGACCGAGGACCAGAAAGCCUUGGAUGCUGAUAUCGAGAUGAAGGAUGUCCCAUUGUCGACCAACGACGUGCACCAGGAAGGUGAAGACCCAGACGCCGCAGUUGCAACGACGGAACAGCCCAAGGUUGACCUUCCACCUCCACCUCCGCUUGAGCAGAGACAAGAUGCUGUCCAAAAACAAACGUCAGAGAUGUCCGAAGCUUCUGAGCCGCAGAAGUACCUGCUUGGUCCAAUCGAGCCUAGGUUCAAGGGCAAGAAGUGUUUGGUUCUUGAUCUCGACGAGACUUUGGUCCACAGCAGCUUUAAGAUACUGCAGCAGGCCGACUUCACUAUUCCUGUUGAAAUCGAGGGCCAAUACCAUAACGUAUACGUUAUCAAACGUCCUGGCGUCGACCAAUUUAUGAAGAGGGUCGGCGAGCUGUAUGAGGUUGUCGUGUUUACCGCGUCUGUUUCAAAGUACGGUGACCCACUUCUUGACCAGCUUGACAUCCAUGGCGUCGUACACCACAGACUGUUCCGCGAAAGCUGUUAUAAUCACCAGGGUAACUACGUAAAGGAUCUCUCACAAAUUGGUCGUGAUCUGAAGGACACUAUCAUUAUCGACAACUCGCCAACCUCGUAUAUCUUCCACCCGCAACACGCCGUCCCGAUCAGCAGCUGGUUCUCUGAUGCCCACGAUAACGAACUCCUCGACCUGAUACCCGUCCUCGAAGACCUUGCUGGCAACCAAGUCAGUGACGUUAGUUUGGUGCUCGAUGUUGCUUUGUAG